GCUGUGUUUUCACUCUUGCAAUUCAAUAGAGCUCCUUUGACAUUUUGAGGUGUUUUUUUUUUUCAUUUCGAGGUUUAUAUGAAGGGAAACACAAAUGUCCUCUUCCUCUUUCUUUUUUACAAGCGAAUUGGGAAGGCAAGACACAAUUAUUUUAACGGAUGAUCGGACCAGGAAAGACCUCCGAACUGUGGACUUCGGCUCUGCAGAUUUACCUUGACGGACGUCCAAAAUUGACAUCCAAGGGAGACUGAGGACAAGAACAAGACGCCAUGGCAUGUGGACAUUGCCAGUUGUUGCAACUUGGGGUGGCCCUCAUAGCAGCCCAGAUGGUGGCCACGUACACUUACCAAAACUGCAUCGAGGACCAGGACUCAAAUAAACAAAGCUUCAAAUGCAUGAACCGGAAGAAAACAAACAUAUCCGCCAUUUUGUAUGGCCUCCCAGAGUCUGUCCUCAAUCUUACCAUCUCAAGAAAUGAUAUCGGGAAAAUUCCAGACAAGGCAUUUAUUAAUUUCCACAACAUUCAGCAGCUCAAAUUGGACAGCAACCACUUGAACACUAUCGACAAGUUUGCUUUCCACAACUUACCUCAACUUCAGUAUCUUGAUUUGUCCUCCAACAACGUAUCCCAACUGAGCUCCUCACUCUUUAGGAGCCUACUGAAUCUCACUUUUCUCUCGCUGGGAGGCAAUAAAUUACAGCAGCUGCCAGGGGAGAUUUUUUCGUCUCUCUUCAAGCUUGACACGUUAAUACUGAGGGAAAACCUCAUAAACAACUUUUCAAGGAUUGUUGAGUCUGUGUCACACUUAAACAAACUGCAAAACCUGGACCUUUGUUUUAACAAGUUGACCUCUCUGCGCCACUCCAAUGUUUCCCUUCCCAAAUCUCUUGCUAAACUAUUAAUCUGUAAUAACAAUCUUUCCACAUUAGAAUGCGGCCCUUCCUUCCUCAAAUGGGUCUCACUUUUGGAUCUGUCUUACAAUUCCAAACUACAGGCAAUGGCCUUUAAGGAAAUAGACCUUAGUCGAACCAACUACCUGAAUCUGCGGUCAACUGGGGUAAAGGUAGCGACGCUUUUAAACAUCACCGAGAUCAACUUUGGUCAUGUGGACUUUACUGGCACAGGUCUAAACAAUGACAGUCUGCUCAGGGAGCUGUGCAAGAUGCUGAGUUCUAAGUUGACAAGUAUUAAAAAAAUGCGUCUGGGUGUCAAUGACAUUAGAUACCUAAGCUGGGACACACUGUCUGACUGCCCAAAGAUCACUGAGUCUCUGGAUCUAUCCCAGAAUAGUCUGACUUCAAAGAACAAUAACGGAUUACACUGUUUUGGUUUUCUGGGGAAGAAUGUUUUUUUAAAAAACAUUAACUACGAACAUAACCUACUGACAGCCCUGAACACUUGCAGGACAAAGAAGCGUUUCUAUAGUAUUGAAAACCUCAGCUUCCGCUACAACCGCAUCUUGCUGAUUAGUAAAAAUGCUUUCAUUCACACACCAAACAUCACAACCCUAAAGCUAAACAUCAACAAUGUCGCUUAUCUUGAUAAACAUGCGCUGGAUGGACUGAAGAGGCUCGAGACGCUGCGUUUGGACAACAACCUCUUAACCGACUUAUUCCACUCCACUUUUAAAGAUUUGAUUUCUUUGCAAACCCUCAACCUACGCAACAACCGUAUAUCGGUCAUUUUCAACAGAACCUUCCAUAGCCUUGGCAAGCUGACAAUACUGGACCUCGGGGGGAAUAAGAUCAGUAAUUUUCAGUCAUCUGCACUUAAGGGACUCAAAAGUCUGUCAAAAUUCUACUUGGAUGGAAACAAUCUGAAAAAGAUUGACAUGUCUCUCUAUCACGUAUUUCAGGAUACACUGACAGUGUUGGACUUAAAAAGCAAUUUGAUUCGCUUUUUCAAGCAAACUGUCCAUGCACCAUUUGUGAAGUUCAGUAAACUUCAAAAUUUGAAGUUGGGUGGCCAGCGUCCACACGGCCUCACGCUUGUGCCUCACGCUUUUUUCCGCGGCCUGGGCAACCUGACUUCUCUUUAUCUCAGUAACAACCAAAUCUCUGACAUUGCCGACGAUGCCUUUGACGACCUGACAAGUUUGCGAUUCCUCACGCUGGAUGGGUGCUGCAAUGGGAACAUGGCGCUGAAACCGGGAACCUUUAAAAACCUUCAAAAAUUGGCCGUAUUUAUUUUAGAGAAUGCUGGUAUUCAGACCUUCUCAAAAGAUGUGUUUGGCAAUCUGACCAAGUUGAACAAGCUGCAGCUCAAUCACAACGGCAUGCAGAGCUUUGAUGUCGAGGCGUUGGAAAGUCUUCCCAAUCUGCGCUACUUGGACAUACGCAACCUCCCUCUCAGUUGCACCUGCAGCAACAGCCGGUUGCAAAACUGGACGUUGCACAACCCAAAUGUCCAGGUGGUAUACGUUUACAAUCUGUCGUGCCCAAAAGGUGAGAAACACAGCUUCUACAACUAUGACACCAGAGUCUGCUACAUCGAUCUCGCAGAGUAUCUUUUCUUUAGCACAGCAGUCUUUGCAGCUCUGUUCACAGCCGUCCCGAUACUUUACGUCAAACUUUACUGGAAAAUGAAGUAUGGCUACUAUGUGUUCCGUUCCUGGUGUGGUGAGCAGUGGCGCAGGAUUAAAGAGGAGGAAGAGAACUGCGCGUAUGACGCAUUUAUUUCCUACAACUCAAACGACGAAGAGUGGGUCAUGGAACAGUUGCUGCCCAACCUGGAGGGCAACGGCUCGUCAUUUAAACUUUGCCUACAUCAUAGGGACUUUGAGCCUGGCCGGGACAUCGUGGACAAUAUUGUCACAGCUGUGUACGGUAGUCGCAAAACCAUUUGUGUCGUGAGCAGGAAUUUCCUCCAAAGUGAGUGGUGCUCCCUGGAAAUCCAACUGGCCAGCUACCGGCUCUUUGACGAGCACCGAGACGUCCUCCUGCUCAUCUUCUUGGAUACAAUCACCGAGCGCCAAAUGUCCUCUUACCACCGCAUGAGGAAGGUCAUGCUGAAGAAGACGUAUCUGCGGUGGCCCGGCUCAGAUGGCAUUAAUCCCAUGCAGGCCCAAGACUUGUUCUGGAAUCAGCUUCGUAGGGCGAUGAAGACAGGGAGCAAACUGGAAACGGAGUACGAUGACGUCGAAGACGGUGGUGCGGCUGCGGACAACUACGAUUUCAGAGAUUCUGAUACUCGGACUUUGAUUGCUGACGAAAACUUUUAUAUAUCUUGAAAUUUGAUCUGUACGUCUUUCUACAACAAUGUGAUAUUGCAGUGCUUUUUUAGUUUACUGUACAAGUCGAAACCCAUCCAUCCAUCUAUUUUCUACCACUUGUCCCUCUUGGGGUCGCGGGAGGUGCUGGAGCCUAUCUUAGCUUCAUUCCGGUGGAAGGCGGGGUACCCCCUGGACAAGUCUCCACAUCAUCGCAUUACCAACACUGAUAGACAGACAACAUUCACACUCACACACUAGGGCCAAUUUAGUGUUGCCAAUCAACCUAUCCCCAGGUGCAUGUUUGUGAAGGUGUACCGGAGGGAACCCACGCAGUCACGGGGAGAACAUGCAAACUCCACACAGCAAGAUCCCGAGCCCGGGAUUGAACUCAAGACCUUUGUAUUGUGAGGCACAUGCACCAAUUCCUUUAAAUCUCUAAAAACAAGGCUCAAAGGUUUGAGUGGCGUCAUGUUGGAGCACAACAAAGCUGAUGAUAUUUUUUUUAAUUUACAAAACAUAUUAAUUUCAGCAGUUGCUAUUAAAUAAUACUUAGUUACAUUAUCACUCUCCAAAAGACAGCCUGUAAAUGGCAUUUUCGAAGGGUUGACACUUAGUUUUACGAUACAUUUAAUUUCUCUUUCCAAUUACAUAUCAAUUAGGAUUGUUCAACUAUUACCUACUAAAUUAUUUCCAAUCAGCUGUAAAAAAAAACACUAUAUAUAUAUAUAUAUAUAUUUGAUAAAUGCCCAGUACAUAUUUACUAUAGAAAUGAGAAGUGUUGGAUACUAUUCUUAUUGCCUUAUUAGUAUUUGACUUUAUUAAAUGUUUAGGGAAGCAUUUUAUUAAACAGAACCAGUUUUCUUUUAACUCAUUUAGAAAUUGGUCAGAACUGUUUAUCUAUUUUAUGGAGGGAUGUAGUUAAUCAUAGAACUGCAUCCAAUGUUAUGAAAAAAAGUAUAGAUUUCGAAUCGAUAAUCAUUUCAAAUCAAGAAUCGUAUCUAAAUCAAAUAGUCACUAGAGAUGUCCGAUAAUAUCGGACUGCCGAUAUUGUCGGCCGAUAAAUGCUUUAAAAUGAAAUAUCGGAAAUUAUCGGUACCUGUUUCAAAAUAUGGGUAUCGGUUUCAAAAAGUAAAACUUAUGACUUUUUAAAACGCUGCUGUGUACACGGACGUAAGGAGAAGUACAGAGCGCCAAUAAACCUUAAAGACACUGCCUUUGUGAGCCGGCCCAGUCACGUAACAUCUACGGCUUUUCACACACACACGUGAAUCCAAGGCAUACUUGGUCAACAGCCAUACAGGUCACACUGAAGGUGGCCGUAAAAACAACUUUAACACCGUCACAAAUAUGCGCCACACUGUGAACCCACACCAAACAAGAAGGACAAACACUGUAACACAACAUAAACACAGCAGAACAAAUACCCAGACCCCCUUGCAGCACUAAGUCUUCCGGAACGCAACAAUAUAUACCCCCCACACCCCCCACCUCAACCUCCUCAUGCUCUCUCAGGGAGAGCAUGUCCGAAAUUCCAAGCUGCUGUUUUGAAGCUUCUUAAAAAAAAUGAUGCACUUUGUGACUUCAAUUAUAAAUAUGGCAGUACCAUGUUGGCAUUUUUUUUCAUAACUUGAGUUGGACUCCUCCAAGGCUGUCCUUUGUCACCGAUUCUGUUCAUAACUUUUAUGGACAGAAUUUCUAGGCGCAGCCAAGGCGUUGAGGGGAUCCGGUUUGGUGGCUGAAGGAUUAGGUCUCUGCUUUUUGCAGAUGAUGUGGUCCUGAUGGCUUCAUCUGGCCGGGAUCUUCAGCUCUCAUUGGAUCGGUUCACAGCCGAGUGUGAAGCGACCGGAAUGAGAAUCAGCACCUCCAAGUCCGAGUCCAUGGUUCUCGCCCGGAAAAGGGUGGAGUGCCAUCUCCGGGUUGGGGAGGAGACCCUGCCCCAAGUGGAGGAGUUCAAGUACCUAGGAGUCUUGUUCACGAGUGGGGGAAGAGUGGAUCGUGAGAUCGACAGGCGGAUCGGUGCGGCGUCUUCAGUAAUGCGGACGUUGUACCGAUCCGUUGUGGUGAAGAAGGAGCUGAGCCGGAAGGCAAAGCUCUCAAUUUACCGGUCGAUCUACGUUCCCAUCCUCACCUAUGGUCAUGAGCUUUGGGUCAUGACCGAAAGGAUAAGAUCAGGGGUACAAGCGGCCCAAAUGAGUUUGGGUCUCUCCCUUAGAGAUAGGGUGAGAAGCUCUGCCAUCCGGGAGGAACUCAAAGUAAAGCCGCUGCUCCUCCACAUUGAGAGGAGCCAGAUGAGGUGGUUCGGGCAUCUGGUCAGGAUGCCACCCGAAAGGCCUCCCGAGGGAGGUGUUUAGGGCACGUCCAGCUGGUAGGAGGCCACGGGGAAGACCCAGGACACGUUGGGAAGACUAUGUCUCCCGGCUGGCCUGGGAACGCCUCGGGAUCCCCCGGGAAGAGCUAGACGAAGUGGCUGGAGAGAGGGAAGUCUGGGCUUCCCUGCUUAGGCUGCUGCCCCCGCGACCCGACCUCGGAUAAGCGGAAGAUGAUGGAUGGAUGGAUGGAACUUGAGUUGAUUUGAUUUGGAAAACCUUCUUACAUUGUUUAAUGCAUCCAGCGGGGCAUCACAACAAAAUUAGGCAUAAUAGUGGGUUAAUUCCACGACUGUAUAUAUCGCUAUCUUUUGAUAUCGGUAUCGGUAACUAAGAGUUGGACAAUAUCGGAAUAUUGGAUAUCAGCAAAAAAGCCAUUAUCGGACAUCUCUAAUAGUCACCCUCAAGAAUCGAAUUCCCUGCCCUUUUUCCUAUAUUUUUUUCAAUGUAUGAAUAAAAAACUACUUCCUGGUAAAAGGUUCAUUUUGGAGGUUCAAAAUGUCUUGUAUUUCUGUUUUUUAUAUGUUUUUUAAUGACACUGAAUGUUUUUUUGUUUUUGUUUUUGCAAACCAGCACAUCAACAUUAUGAUGAAUGCCAAACAAUUCCAAAUAUUCUCCAACUAAUGUGUUAACAUACUUGUCUACAUAUCCU